AUGGCUCGCGGUAAGGGCGGAAAGGGCCUCGGCAAGGGCGGCGCCAAACGUCACCGAAAGAUUUUGCGUGACAACAUCCAGGGUAUCACCAAGCCUGCCAUCCGUCGUCUCGCUCGCCGUGGUGGUGUCAAGCGUAUCUCUGCCAUGAUCUACGAGGAAACCCGUACUGUCCUCAAAUCCUUCCUCGAAUCCGUCAUUCGUGAUGCCGUUACAUACACCGAGCACGCUAAGCGCAAGACCGUCACGUCUCUCGAUGUCGUGUACGCCUUGAAGCGACAGGGCCGCACUCUCUACGGUUUCGGUGGUUAA